AUGAAAUGGACAAAACUCCCAGAAAGGCAAGAUGAUGCGCCUAGAGUUAAAAAUCACACAGCAAUUUUUUAUGAAAAUUCUUUAUAUAUAUACGCAGGGUUCGAUGGAACUCGUCAUCAAAAUACUCUCCAUGCAUUAGAUCUUAGAAAUUAUAAUUGGACAAGGCCCACCACUUGUGGCCCCACCCCGCUCGCCCGAAAUGGCCACACAGCAACUUUGUACGGUUCUGAAGUAUAUGUGAUUGGCGGGUGGAAUGGAAAUUUGCCUUACGCAACUGAAGAUAUCUAUGUACUAAACCUAAAAACAAUGUUUUGGGAAAAAAUAAUCCCAUAUGGAGAAGCUAUGGUUGCAUGUAACAUGCAUUCCGCUGAUUUAUAUGAGGACAAAAUUUAUGUAUUUAGAGGAGGCGAUGGCAGCAAUUAUUUAAAUGAUCUACAUAGUUUUGACAUUCCAAGGCGAGUAUGAAGCAAAAUUGAUGCCCAUGGCAACCAUCCAUCAGCCCGAGCUAAUCAUUCUUCCUGCAUUCACAACCAUCAUUUGUAUAUUUUUGGAGGAUGGAACGGUAUAGAAAGGUUAAAUGACUUAUAUGUGUUGGACCUAAAAUCAUUAAUAUGAUCAAAGCCGAGAACUCAUGGAGAAAUUCCAUGUCCUAGAGCAGGAAUGAGUUUAAACUCAUUAAAUGGAAAGAUUUAUUUGUUUGGUGGCUCAGGAGUAUCAUCAGCUUGCUACAGUGACUUGUAUAUUUUUGACCCUAAGACUUUGCUGUGAUCUGAUGUUCAUACUAAUCAAGAUACCCCGACUCCCAGAGCUGGGCACAGUUUUACAGUAAUUUCCUGUCACAAGCUUUUGCUAUUUGGAGGAUCAUGCGGAAAUCAGUAUCCAACGACAUAUUAUAUAUUAGACUUGGAUCCACCCCCACAGCUUCAGCCGAUUCCUCCUCCAGAAGACCUUAGGCUCCAUAUCCGUUCAUUAUUCAAUAACCCAAGCUUUAGUGACAUAAAAUUCAUAGUAGAAGGCCGAGCUAUUUAUGCUCACAAAGUGAUCAUUACCAUGCUUAGUGAGCCUUUUCAAGGAAUGUUUGCAUCUGGAAUGAGAGAAACUCGCGAAGGGUCUAUUGAGAUCAAGGACAUUAGUUAUAGAACUUUCUUAAUUUUAUUGAAAUAUUUGUAUACAGGAGAAGUAGAAAUCAGUGCUGGGACAGAAGGGCAGUCACUUUCUACAGAAAGCAUCAUUGAAAUUAUGCAUGCAGCUGAUAGAUAUCUAAUAGAGCCUGUAAUAAUUGCAUGUGAACAUAUGUUGAUAGAAAGAGUGACCAAUGAAAACGCAGAAGUGAUUAAAGGCUGUGUUGAAAAUAUCCACGCCGAUAAUAUAAAAUCAUACUGCGAUUGGAAGAUUAGAUAUAAAAAUGAAUUUUAA